CCUCUCCUGUCCUGCUGGUAGCUAGCAAGCAAGCAACCGAGCUUCCAUCCAUCCGGUCGCCGGGGAUGUUCGACGAUGGCUGCGGCGACUGCUGCUAUCGGUGUAGGGACUUCUGCUGGUGCCUCCUCUGCGUCCUCAUCCUCCUCGCCAUCGCGCUCGUCGUCGUCCUCGUCGUCGCCUUCGGCUUCGUCGUCCAGCCCUCCGUCACCGUCGACGACGCCGCGCUCACCCGCCUCGCCCUCGCCGCCGCGGCGCCCACCACGGCGCUCGCCUACAACCUCUCGCUCGUCCUCGUUGUCCGCAACCGGAACUGGGCCAUGUCCAUGAAGAACGUGGAGCCCCUGGAGGCCGCCUACAAGUUCGACGGCCAGCAGUUCGACCGCGUCCAGAUCGCCGACAAGGGCGCGAGGCACGGGCCCAAGAAGACGGUGGUGUACAGGCUCUCGUCGGGCAGCGACGCCGCGGCCGCGUCCCUGGGGAACGCCGGCGUCGCCGAGUUCAAGAAGGAGAACGCGACGGGGACGUUCGAGGUGGAGGUGGCGGUGUCCGGCAAGGUGAGCUACACGGCGCGCAUCACCAAGUGCAAGAUCGAGGCGGCGUGCAAGCUCAAGCUGCAGCUCGCGCCGCCGGGGCAGGCGCCGGCGGCGCUGGUGUUCGAGAAGGUCAAGUGCAAGCUUGCCAAGGCGGAGAAGAACUGCUAGCUAGUGGUUGUUGGGUCAAUUGGAUUUGAAUGUGUUUUUUUGUGCAAUUGUGUUUAAAUAAUUUGCCAAGUGGUGUUUGUUAAUUGCUACUGUACUACACUUGUGUGUGUUUUAGUCUAUUAAUUUUACCCACUCUGCACCAAGUGGUUGGGCGUAAUUUAGGUGGUGUUUAGAUUGAGAAAAUUUUUAGGAGAAGCGUCACGUCAAA